AUGUCGAGAGAGAAGGUUAUAAUGACAGCCGCUGCUGGUGCCGGCCUCAUCGGUGCCACUAUAUACGCCACGCGCAAGAACCGAGCUGAGGCCCCCGAUCAUAGAAAUAUGGCACAACAGAAGUAUGAUCUCGGUCUGAGUGGCGCCGGAAUCGGGGGGAACCGGGUUGCCGGGGCCAUGGAAAGGGGAGGCUCGCAUGGCCGUGGUGACGGGGAUCCGGGUCGUCAAAUCACGACGGCCGAGUCGAGGGACAAACUCCCCUCGGGUAAAAUAGGUGCUGGUGAAGGAGCCGGCGGCUCUGGUGCUCGCAGAACAGAGAUUCCGUUCUCGGGAUCAAGUUCCAACGGCACCUCUCGCGGUGACCAAACGGGUCGAAACCAAGCAAGUUAUCCUCAUGGGCAAUCUGUACGACACCUCGAGCUAACGCCACGACUCUACCAGAACGACACCAAAGCGCAAAUGGAGAAGACGUCACCAGAGUCGUCUGGCUGGGUAAACUCUGUGAAAAGUGCGGUGAGCGGAAAGAGGAAUGCUAGUCGCAAAGACGAAGAGGGGCUCCAUGACACAAGGGGUAUUAGCAAAAUGGGACCAGAGACGCCUUCGAAGCGAGGACCCGCGGAUGCUUCAGAUUAG